AUGGAGAACAGCGCAGGGGACACUGUACAACAACGCCACGAUGAUACACAAAGUAAUUUAUCCAGCGACAUGGAAGACAUCUGCGUGUUCUGUAUGAUUGCUGAAAACCAAGACAAGGACACAGAAAUUGUUAAACAGGAUUCUGAACUAGUCUGCUUUCGGGACAUUAACCCCGCUGCACCACAUCACUACCUGGUUGUGCCAAAAAAACAUAUAGUGAGCUGCUUUUCUCUCUUUAAGGAGCACGUAAAGCUAGUUGAGAGGAUGGCUGAGAUGGGGAGGGCUGUGUUGCAGGAAAAUGGCAUUGCCAAUCCAAAUGACAUCAGGAUGGGGUUCCACAGACCUCCAUAUAUCUCUGUACCUCACCUCCACCUCCAUGUCCUCGCCCCGACAAGUGAGAUCACUGACGACAUGGCACACAAGUUCACACCAGGCACAAUGAGGUUCGCCACAGAGGAUUUAUUGCGCAGGACCCUGGUCAGUGGAGUGGAUCCAGAUCAUUAUCUGAUGCUUACAUGCAACAGUGGGAGAGGGCUCUCUGAAUGAGGGGCAGCCUGUCUGCGGGGUCAGAGAUGUGAGAAUGGGAGAAUUUAGCGAAAAGGGCUAAAACCAUACUUUUUUAAUGGAUAAGUUGAGUUAUUUAGGGUCCUAAACUCACAAUUAUGAAAACAUAGUAUAGUCUAUCAAAGAUUAUCAAUAAAUUUGUAUAUUAAGA